AUUUACCUAAUGAAGGGUUUGAUGAUUCCCGUCUUUUGUGUGGUGGAGCAGUCAGAUGCCUCUCUUGACUACGAUAAUCGAGAAGAGCAUGCUGAGUUCGUUCUGGUUCGCAAAGAUGUGCUCUUUAGCCAGCUGGUGGAGACAGCGCUCCUGGCUCUGGGGUAUUCCCACAGUUCUGCAGCUCAGGCACAAGGAAUAAUCAAGCUUGGGAGGUGGAAUCCUCUCCCUCUCAGUUAUGUGACUGAUGCGCCAGAUGCGACAGUAGCCGACAUGCUGCAAGAUGUCUAUCAUGUUGUGACACUGAAAAUCCAAUUACAAAGUUGCUCAAAGUUGGAAGACUUGCCAGCAGAGCAGUGGAACCACGCCACAGUUCGCAAUGCCUUAAAGGAACUGCUCAAAGAGAUGAAUCAGAGCACACUAGCCAAAGAAUGCCCUCUCUCCCAGAGUAUGAUUUCAUCCAUUGUAAAUAGCACAUACUAUGCCAAUGUGUCAGCAACCAAGUGCCAGGAGUUUGGGAGAUGGUACAAGAAGUACAAGAAGAUUAAAGUGGAAAGAGUUGAAAGAGAAAACCUUUCAGACUACUGUGUUCUCGGACAGCGUCCCAUGCACUUACCAAAUAUCAACCAGCUGGCGACCUUGGGAAAAACUAACGAACAGUCUCCUCAUGGCCAAAUUCACCACAGUACUCCAAUCCGAAACCAAGUGCCAACGAUGCAGACCAUGAUAAACCCGGGGCUCCUGUCACCUCAGCUCAGCCCGCAGCUGGUGAGGCAGCAGAUAGCAAUGGCCCACCUGAUAAACCAGCAGAUCGCCGUCAGCCGGCUGCUGGCUCACCAGCACCCGCAAGCCAUCAACCAGCAGUUCCUGAACCAUCCGCCCAUCCCUCGAGCUGUCAAGCCGGAGCCGUCGAAUUCGUCGGUGGAAGUCUCUCCAGAUAUUUACCAGCAAGUCAGAGAUGAGCUGAAGAGAGCCAGUGUGUCUCAAGCUGUCUUUGCAAGAGUAGCAUUCAACCGUACACAGGGCUUACUGUCAGAGAUCCUGCGUAAGGAAGAAGAUCCUCGGACAGCUUCCCAAUCCCUCCUGGUAAACUUGAGGGCAAUGCAGAAUUUCCUCAACCUGCCUGACUCGGAGCGGGAUCGUAUCUAUCAGGACGAGAGGGAGAGAAGUAUGAACCCCAACGUGAGCAUGGUGUCGUCGGCAGCCAGCAGCCCGAGCUCCUCCAGAACCCCCCAGGCCAAAACCUCGACACCAACAACAGACCUCCCCAUUAAGGCGGACGGCGCCAACGUCAACAUCACAGCUGCCAUUUAUGACGAGAUCCAACAGGAGAUGAAAAGGGCCAAGGUAUCUCAAGCUCUGUUUGCCAAAGUGGCGGCCAAUAAAAGUCAGGGCUGGCUGUGCGAGCUGCUCCGCUGGAAAGAAAACCCAAGCCCGGAAAACCGCACCCUUUGGGAGAACCUCUGCACCAUUCGCCGCUUCCUGAACCUGCCCCAGCACGAGAGGGACGUGAUCUAUGAGGAGGAGUCCCGGCAUCACCACAGCGAGCGUAUGCAGCAUGUCGUCCAGCUGACUCCUGAGCCCGUGCAGGUCCUGCACAGGCAGCAGUCCCAGCCCGCCAAGGAGAACUCGCCGCCCAGAGAAGAGGCUCCUCCGCCGCCUGCUGAGGACACUUGUGCCAAAAAGCCAAGAUCCCGCACCAAGAUCUCCCUGGAAGCACUGGGUAUCCUUCAAAGCUUUAUCCAUGACGUGGGUCUCUACCCCGACCAGGAAGCCAUUCACACCCUGUCUGCCCAGCUGGAUCUCCCCAAACACACCAUCAUCAAGUUCUUCCAGAACCAGCGCUACCACGUAAAGCACCACGGGAAGCUAAAAGAGCAUUUAGGAACAGUGGUUGAUGUGGCAGAGUACAAGGAUGAGGAGCUGCUGACGGAGUCCGAGGAGAACGACAGCGAGGAGGGCUCGGAGGAGAUGUACAAAGUGGAGCCCGAAGAGGAGAACCCCGACAAAAGCAAGGCAGCCCCAGCGGACAUCGACCAGAGAUAAUGUGAGAGCGCAGCGCAGAAAGCAAUACGUCCAUCCAAGGAUUUUCUGGUUUUACUUUUAAUUUUUCCUCUCUUUACUUUUGGU